GUAAAACAACCACCGUCACGCUGCUUUCUCCACUUUCUCCUUCGCGAUUUCCCCACUGAAUCUUCCCUAUUUAUUCGAAAAUCUGAAAUUCUACAUCUGUCUGACUCUACUCAUUCAGUCGGAGACGUUGCUCGAGUCGGAUUCUCAUUUUUUUCGGAUUUUGGAAGUCUCACUUUUUGGAAAUCUAUUAAACGUAUCCUGAAAUCCAAUUACACCAAAAGAACACCAAGAAGGAGCAUAGAUUGAAAAGUCAACUCGACCCGAUUGAUCAAUGAGUGGAUGUCAGUAGAGUCAACAUGAUGUCGUCGGAUCUUUUUGUGAAUUUGAAACACAACGAUACUUCUCCAAUGUCUGGAAUUUUGUAUCCAGUUUCAACUAAUGGAACAGUGUCACACGAGGUUCCUGAGCCAGAUUCAAUCAUUUCCAGCCUUUUGUAUCUCUCGGUGUCAAUUGCGUCAAUGAUUGGCAACUUGACCAUGGUGGGCGUAAUUCUGUGCAAGCAAAGGUUUCGAAAGCCGGUAAAUCUGCUGGUAGCCAAUUUAUCCUUCUCGUCCUUCCUCUUCAUCAUCUCAUCAAAUCUACGUCUAGCCGAAAACUCUUUCGAUGUCUGGACGUAUAGCGAUUCCUUAUGCAAAAUUCUCGCAAUUUUACAUAGGAUUCCAAUCCCCGUCAUAGCACUGACGACCAUGACGAUUUCCUUGGACCGAGGAAGAAUUGCGAGAAAUCCAAUGUUGGGAUCAAACACGACACAUCCGGUCUGGAGGAUCGUGUACAUUUGGAUCUUCUCACUCAUAAUCCUCCUGCCACUCUACUUUACCAGAGCAUACGACCCUUGCAAUUCGGUGUUUCACAAGUGCAAAAAGGUCGUGAUACUUGACAAUCCCGUGUUGCCCGUGUUAUACGGUUGCAUCUAUCUCCUCUCUAUCCACGUUAUCCCCGCCGUGAUAUUAAUUCAAGAAACCACCAAGACAAUUGACAAAAUUAAAUUCUUGAAACUUUCCGGGGUGAUGCAGCAUUCUCCCAGUUUCCCUAGCCUACCUGACAACAGACUUCGACUUUUGCGGAACUCUUGCAUCUUUUGUCUAAUUUUCCUCAUUUUCUGGCUCCCGUACGGAAUCUUUCAAUUUCCUCUCGACCUUCCUCGGGAACUUGUUCCCGAGAUUUUGGCAACUUAUCUCCGACUUUAUUUCAAAUUCUUUAAAAAUAUCAGCUACUGCCUCAUCGCCCUUAAUCCCGUCAUCCUCUUUCUCCUCAGCUACGACCUCCUCAAACACAUGCCGAUAUAUGAACAAUCCAACAACAACAACGGGAGUGGGAGAAGGCUUUGCCGGGUAUGACUGCCGGCUUUGUGUGGCUGGAGAAAAGCUACACAAAAGGAAAACAUUGUCGAAAUUGAACCGAAUUGUGGCGAUACUUUGGACACUGUGAUUUGUAGAUUGGACGAUGAAUCCAAGUUCUAGAAGUAGAAAAAAGGAGAUUUUAUUUGAGCAUCGAGUGAAAAAGGUACACAAGUUGAAGAUUAGUGAAAAUGAGAAAACUUUUCUAUUGAGCUUUCUCUUUAUACAAAAUACACAGAUUUUGUUUAUAAUGUUGAAUAGUAUGCAAGUUUAAGCUCACUAGUUUACUUUAUAACUUUGGCAAUUGAAUAUGUAUGUAUGUGUGGACUGUAAGAGGUAAUUUUGAUCAGAACUUUAAGCAACCUGUAACUGUAACUUGGGGGUUCUAUGAGUUUGGGUAUGAACACUAAUGCGUAGUAGGUGUCAAGUUUGUAACCAAUUAACCACCACUCAAUGUCUAUUUGUAAUUAGCAAUGUCAACUCUAUCACAAGUAAAAGUAGGUAUAAUUAACAAGCAAACUUGGUUAAUAUAUAUGUUUAAGUAUGUACAAGGCCAAGGGAGGGAAAUGCUAGACGUUUUAUCUAAAAGUAGUUUGUUUCAAAGUAGGUAUACAUAUUGUAAUUCCAGAACUUUAUGUCACACCAGUAUUAUUACAAUGUAGUAAAUUUAAGUCGUAGUUGUCGGACGUGUUUAUGAGUCGUGAUGUUAGUAAACUCCAUGACUUACAUUGUAUUAAAUUGUAAUUAAUACUAUUUUAUGUAGCGUAAAUUGUGGUUGCGGUGCGUUCAUAUUGUUGUAUCCAUAUUAUCAAUCUAAAGAGAACUUUAUAGUUAUAGCCAACUCUGUACCGUAGCAUAGAACUCCUGACUUUUAGCGUAGUUUAUUUUAUAGAUACGUCCAAUGGAAUUAAAAUUUUGUAUUUUUUGUGUAAUUUUAAUGUAUGUACCUGUGAAAUUCAAUGGAACAAAGUAAUACGUUACCUGAUACAUUUACUUGUAGUCUUUUAUGCAUUUAAAAAACUCGUGUAUGUACAUACAUGUAUAUUUCGAAAAAUUUAACAUGUAAAAUAUAUCUGCAAAAAUGUCUAGAUAAAAAUAAUAAAUAAUAUUUGUGUAAUGUAUUAUACGUUUUGAUAAUUGGCUAUUGCAAUGUUAACCUAAAUAACAACACAGUUAUGUACCAAUUCAAUCUCAAAGGAUUGGAUUCAGGGACUAUAAUGGGUUAUUUUUCGUUUGUGCAUAAAUUGCUUAAAGGCUGCUGCUGUGACGGAACGAGGAAAGUGAGAUAACUAACUAGGGGUGUACUAUAGUAUGUAUGUUAAAAAGUAAUAGAAAAAAUUAUAGUCAGAGGAAAAAUGGUACUUAUUGAGGAGCCCUCGUAAUUGAUGAUAGGCAUUUACCAAAGUUUUCUGUGCCUGAUGGUUGAACAUAUCUAAAUGCUGAUCAACGAAAACUAGCUGUCUGUUUAGACAAAGUGCAUUUAAGCCAGGUUUAAAAUUACCAAAAUCAGCAAAAAUAAAUGUCGUUUAGUCGAACGCACGAACGGCGAGCAAAAACAUCCAGCUAUAUAAUCUCCCUUUGGUUUAAGAGAAAGCUCAUGACCAACUUUCUCCAAAGGAUGUUGUAUUACGCUGAAAAUGCGGAAAUGUCACGAAAUAACUUUGUCGCAUGGGUCUUUGUCCACAAGAAUCAUUAGAACAAUGGGGCAGGAGAAGGGAUCUUUUUUGUUGCAGACACCAGGAUGAUAAUCCACUUCCGUAUUAAAGUAUGAAGCGUACUAUGUACCUAUAUACAACUCUAAUAUAACUUUUGUAAACCCACGCAAAAUGCAUUCUUCUCAUAAUAUCCGAC